AUGUGGGGAGUUAAUGUUUAUGAGACUCGGCUAUCUGUUCCCGCCCUCGUUGUUUCCUCUGCGCAAAUGGCAAAGGAUAUAUUGACAACACACGACUUAGUAUUCGGAAACAGGCCGGUGACGGCGGCUGCAAGAUACGUAGCAUACGGAGAGAUUGAUCCAGGCUUGGCUCCGUAUGGACCGUACUGGCGGCACAUGCGCAAAAUCAGCGUCAUGCAAUUGUUGAGUGUCAAGAGAGUCGACGCAUUCGCCUGCCUGCGAGAGGAAGAGGCAGCUGUGGGCGUGCGUCCAUUUGGGACAGGAGUCUGCAUGGCAAAGUCCCUGUCAACGUCACAGCCGCCAUUUCCUCCAUCAUCUCCUCUAUCAUGUGGGGAAUUCUGGCGGGACAUGUUCCUUGGCGGAACCGAGACAACGAUUGUUACAUUAGAAUGGGCAAUGAGUGAAAUGUUAAGAAAUCCUCGAAUGGCCAAGAAGUUGCAAGAAGAGAUUGAGUCCAUAGUAGGCAAGCAUCGCAUGAAUGAUACAGGUCCAGACUUCAACAUGCUUCCAUUUGGUGCUGGAAGGAGAGGUUGUCCUGGGGCUUACCUUGCCACUCGGGACGUUGAGUUUGUUUUGGCUCAACUAAUGCACUGCUUUGACUGGAAACUUGAAGGCAAUAAAGAUCCAUCACAGUUGGAUAUGAGUGAAGCAUUUACAACAAGUAUCCCUCGAAAAGUGAAUCUUUUCGCCAUUCCUACCUUCAAAGUGGAUAUGGGGUUUUAG